UUCUUUGCAAUAUUCUUAUCCCAUUAUAAAUUUUAAAUCCCUUUACUACAGUAAAAUCGGAUCUGUUUGUUAAUCAACCUCAUUCUAGCAAUCGAUUUAAUCAAUUUUGCACACUAAUAACUAAUCAGUUACUAGUUAUAGUUUCUCAGAAAACAAUCCAUUCAUUCUAGCAAUUAUUAGCUCAGUCCAUGGAACAAAUCACGAGUAUUGCUAAAAAAAAGUUUUGAAUCUACGCGCCAUCCUUGGUUCGAUAAAGAUUGAGCUUGAAAGUGAUUGACAUUGAGACAAAUUUGCGCCUUAGUUUUAUUGAAUGGCUAUUGAUAAUCUUAGGUGAUUUUAGGCUUGAGGCAAUUUUACACGGGUUUGGGUGGUAUCUUUCGUGCGAAAGAAUGAUCGAUCUUUUUUUAUGAUAUCAACCAGUGGAUUACACCUUACAUAGAUCUCGAAGCACCCCAACUUUUUUAUUCCAUCUAUCUGCACAGAUCUCGAAGUGGCUAUUGCGUAAUUCAAUGGUUGAUGUCGCAAAAGAAGAUGAAACAUUCUUUCAUGUGAAAGACAACCAAAACCAUUGUUACACGGUGCUUGGUUUAGAUAAUUUGGUAUAAAAGAAUUUUGAAGUGUUGAUUUUUGAACAAAAAGCCAAGAGACGUGUAUGUUUUCUUCAUUGUUUGAGAGUGCUUUAUAAACUAAAAAGGAAGGACCUUGACCAAUGCAAAUGUUAUUUUGCCAUCAUGGGAUUUGCUCCUCUUGAAGAUUAGAUUUAUUACAUAAUAGUCUAUUGAAGCGAGCACAAAGCCAAGAAAGGGGUUAAUGGAUUCUACCGAGAAGUAGCAGUAACUAAUUUGAUGGAGUGUGUGGGAAGUACGGUAAUUCCCUCACUCAAUUUAAUUGAUUUAAACUAAGUCCAUUGUUUGAGAGUGCUUUAUAAACUAAAAAGGAAGGACCUUGACCAACGCCAAUUUUAUUUUGCCAUCUUAGGAUUUGCUCCUCUUGAAGGUUGGAUUUAUUACAUAAUAUUCUAUUGAAGCGAGCUCAAAUUCGAGAAAGGGGUUAAUAGAUUCCACUAAGAAGUAGCAAUAAGUAUUUUAAUGGAAUGUAGAAGAAGUAAGUUAAUUCCCUCACUCAAUUUAAUUGAUUUAAACUAAGUCGACGUAUAAUAAAUUCUUUAAUGAAGCAACAAGUAGCAACCAGUAGAUGUAAACCAAUUUAUACUUUAAUGAAGGCCGUCUAACGAACAAAGAAUCCCAAUAAAAGAAUUCAGAAUAUAUUAAGCUCCGGAGAGGACAUCCAAGUUCAUGGAAGAUAACGAAAUCCAGCUGCGAGUGAGGCGCCUUCUCUAGCCCGAUGCUCUUGUAAUCCACCUCUUUUGCUUCCUUUUCAUCUUUGUUAAUUGCUUACUUCUUCUAGAUUUUGGUUGUUAGAAAUCAUCGUGCAAGAAGGAGAUGUCGAUUAUAGCUGAGGCCUUCGCUGAGGCCUUUGCCUCUAAGCUCGUCGAUGGCCUGGCCACUUUGGUGAAGGAUGAGGUGGGCAUGCUCCGGGGUGUGAAGGGCGAGAUCAAACGACUCCAAAAUUCUUUUCGAAUAAUUAAGGCCGUCCUCGCCGAUGCUGAGAGUAAAAUGAUUCAGAGCAAAGCCAUAAACGAGUGGCUGAAGAAGCUCAAGGACGUCAUGUACGAUGCUGACGACAUCCUCGAUGAAUACCGGAUCAAGGCCGAGAAAUCUAAAGCUGCAGCCUCUUCUAGAAGUCAACCUUGCUCUUGCCUCUUCUCUUGCUCUUGCUUUGGCAAAAUGGUGUUUGCUCAUCAGAUUGGUAGGAGAAUCAAAGGCCUCAAUCAUAAGCUGGAUGACAUCUGCACAGAGAAAUCUAAAUUUCAUCUCCAGGACUUUUCUGCCGACAGUGGUGACCAUCGAUCCACUUCUCGAGUUGGCAGGAAGACAUCUCCCAUAGCUGAGCCUGAUAUCGUAGGGUCCAAUAUCCAGAAGGAUACCGACAAGCUGGUGGAGUUGUUGAUUAAGGAGGAUAGUCGAAAAAAUAUUCUUGUAUAUGCCAUCGUAGGAAUUGGGGGAAUUGGCAAGACCACUCUUGCUCGAAAGAUUUUUAACGACGAAAGGAUAACAACCAAGUUCCCGAUGAAGCUCUGGGUCUGCGUGUCCAAAGAUUUUGAAGAGACUAGUCUCCUAAAAGAUGUCAUCGCUCAGGCGAUUCCAGAGGGCCGUCCAAUAGGCAAUCCUAGCUGGGCAGAGCUCGAGAACAAGGUUGCAGACACUGUCACAAAUAAGAAAUUCUUGCUUGUCUUGGAUGACGUGUGGGACCCAAAAGUAUGGAAUAAUUUACUCCGAAACCCCUUGCAGAGUGGGGCAACUGGAAGUAGGAUCCUUGUGACCGCAAGAAACCAAGGGGUUGCAUCGAGAAUGAAGGCCGUGCGACCUCAUCAUCAGGUGCAGGUCUUGUCUGCUGAAGAUGGUUGGGCGCUGCUAAGGAUGGUGGUUUUGAACGGGGAGGAGAAAGAGAUCGAAGAUUUAGAGGAUAUUGGAAAGGAGAUUGUUGAGAAAUGUGGUGGUCUCCCUCUUGCUAUUAAGACGAUUGGAGGAGUACUAUCAACGAAGAGCAGGACCAAGACACAGUGGGAGAGAGUGCUUAAAACCCUUUCAAGCAAUACUUGGUCUCCUUCGACCGACUUUCCCAAAGAGGUUCAACCAGCGCUAUGGUUGAGUUAUGAAGACCUGCCAUCUCAUCUUAAGCAGUGCUUUUUAUAUUGCUCGCUGUUCCCUGAGGACCAUAGAUUCAACAGUGACGAUCUAAUUUAUUUUUGGAUCUCUGAAGGGUUCAUCCAUGAAGAAGGAGAUUUGACAUUGGAAGAGGUAGGUGAAGAUUGUUAUGGGGAUCUUGUUCAGAGGAGUUUUUUGCAACUAGAUCCGAAUAGUUUUUCUACAUGCACUGUGCAUGAUCUACUAUGGUCUCUUGCUCGGUUUUUAGCAGAAGAGAAUUUGGUUGUGAAAGAUGGGGUUGAAAUCCCAAUUAAUUCAUCUUCAUUGAAGCCACGUCGCAUACGGGGUGAUGUUACAGAAGAAAACUGCCAAGCAUUUUUUAGUGCAUUGGAAGGGCACAAAUCCUUGAGGACUCUACUGCUACACUCGGAAGAAUCACAGGUGAUCCAAGAGAAUGAUGUCGACAAUCUGAUUAAGACGACCCCGCGUCUUAGAGUACUAGACUUUUCAGACUCUCCGAUCAAAAAAUUGCCAGACUCCUUGGGAAAUCUCAUACAUCUACGUUAUUUAGAUAUGUCAUUUUUCGACAUAAGUGCCCUACCAGAGAGCAUAGGAAACCUUGUAAAUCUGCAGUUCUUGAUGCUCCUGUAUUGCACAGAUCUACACAGGCUUCCUAAAGGCAUCGGUAAGUUGCACAACCUGCGGUGUCUCGACCUUUUGGAAACAAAACUGGAGGGUGUGCCUAUUGAAUUAGUAAACUUGCAUCAUCUAAGACGGUUGUAUAUCUCAUAUAGUGACAUUUGCCUGCAACUUCCACCACUGGGGUGAAAGAUAACAGGCGGUACAAAAACAUACCAGGCCUUCAAUGUAUUGCAUUAAU